AUGAGUGCAGAUGUAGACUGCAGUGGCUAUGCCGCCCCACUACAGCGUCUCAACGAGUACUACGCAAUGCUGAAACGGCUGUCGGAAGUGUCGUUGGGGAAGAUAGAGCGUGACGCGUACGUUGGUGCGGCACGGGAUAUGCGCUUGGCCUUGGUAGACAUCCACUCAGAGCGGAGACGGGAGAUCAACCGCAUGCAGUUGGUGUAUAUCAAUUGGCUGUUCGGACUAUCGGGACAAUCCGGACACAAGAAGGAGACGAUCGUCAGCCACAAGCGAUGGUUCUUGGGCUACGGAGACGUCACGGAAGUGGACCAGAAAACCCCCUCGGGCGCCGACAUGGAUAAGAAGUCCCAUCGGGGCACGCGCACCUUCUUAUUCAACGACAUGAUUGUCAUGUGCCGAAAGAAGGAGCGCAUCUUCACGAAUCUCUCAAAGGAGAAGCGGUACAGGGUUGAGAAAACACUCCGGCUCAAGGGCGAUUUUCGUGUGACCGAUAUCAGCGGAAGAGGGACUGCGUGCACCUCAAUACAACUUUCGGGCAUCCAUGCUGCGGAAGGACUGAUUAUGGGGGCAGGGACAGGCACAGACGCAUCGGGAACUAUUGCGGUCAAAGGCCGCCGAGAAGGCAGAAGGUGA